GCGAGGGAGGGAGGGCCGGCCGGAGGGCGGGUCGCGGACUGGCGGAGCGGGGACCCCUCGAGCGAGGCGCGGAGGGCGGCGGUCCCGACGCCGUGGAGCCGCAGCGCAGCAGGAAGAAGAUGAGCCUUAAGUCUGAACGCCGAGGGAUUCAUGUGGAUCAGUCCGAGCUCCUGUGCAAGAAAGGAUGUGGUUACUAUGGCAACCCUGCUUGGCAGGGUUUCUGCUCCAAGUGCUGGAGGGAAGAGUACCACAAAGCAAGGCAGAAGCAGAUUCAGGAGGACUGGGAACUGGCAGAGCGACUUCAGCGGGAGGAGGAAGAGGCCUUUGCCAGCAGCCAGAGCAGCCAGGGGGCCCAGUCCCUCACAUUUUCCAAGUUUGAAGAAAAGAAAACCAAUGAGAAGACCCGCAAAGUGACCACAGUAAAGAAAUUCUUCAGUGCUUCAUCCAGGGUUGGAUCAAAAAAGGCAGAAAUUCAGGAAGCAAAAGCUCCCAGUCCUUCCAUAAACCGGCAAACCAGCAUUGAGACGGAUAGAGUGUCUAAAGAGUUCAUAGAAUUUCUCAAGACCUUCCACAAGACAGGCCAAGAAAUCUAUAAGCAGACCAAGAUGUUUUUGGAAACAAUGCAUUACAAAAGGGAUCUAAGCAUUGAGGAACAGUCAGAGUGUACUCAAGAUUUUUACCAAAAUGUGGCUGAAAGAAUGCAGACUCGUGGAAAAGUGCCUCCCGAAAGAGUUGAGAAGAUAAUGGAUCAGAUCGAAAAGUACAUCAUGACUCGUCUCUAUAAGUACGUGUUCUGUCCAGAGACCACCGAUGACGAGAAGAAGGAUCUCGCUAUUCAGAAGAGGAUCAGAGCCCUGCACUGGGUCACACCUCAGAUGCUUUGUGUCCCUGUUAAUGAAGAAAUUUCAGAAGUGUCUGAUAUGGUGGUGAAAGCAAUCACAGAUAUCAUCGAGAUGGACUCGCAGCGGGUGCCGCGGGACAAGCUGGCCUGCAUCACCCGCUGCAGCAAGCACAUCUUCAACGCCAUCAAGAUCACCAGGAAUGAGCCGGCCUCGGCCGACGACUUCCUACCGACCCUCAUCUACAUCGUCUUGAAGGGCAACCCCCCGCGCCUCCAGUCCAACAUCCAGUACAUCACCCGCUUCUGCAACCCCAGCCGGCUGAUGACCGGCGAGGAUGGCUACUACUUCACCAACCUGUGCUGUGCUGUGGCUUUCAUCGAGAAGCUGGAUGCUCAGUCUUUGAAUUUAAGUCAGGAAGAUUUUGAUCGAUACAUGUCUGGCCAGACUUCUCCCCGGAAGCAGGAAUCUGAGAACUGGUCUCCUGACGCUUGCCUGGGGGUCAAGCAAAUGUACAAGAACUUGGAUCUUCUGUCUCAGUUGAAUGAACGGCAAGAAAGGAUCAUGAGUGAAGCCAGGAAACUGGAGAAAGAUCUCAUACAGUGGACAGAUGGGGUCGCUAAAGAGGUUCAAGACAUUGUGGAGAAAUAUCCCCUUGAAAUCAAGCCCCCGAAUCAGCCUUUAGCAGCUAUUGACUCGGAAAAUGUUGAAAAUGAUAAACUUCCUCCGCCGCUGCAACCUCAGGUGUAUGCAGGAUGACGGGGGCGCACGUGGGUGGUAUUUAUUUGAGCCUAACUUGUAGCGAGUCCUUCCUGCAGGUGGUUGGGAGCUAGACAGUAACUUAAUCGCUUCGUGUCAGCAUUUUUAAAGGUACAGUUUGUGGGGAUUGUUUUCUUUGUUUUGUUUGUUUGUUUUUCCUGGCAGGGGAAGCUUAGUAAAUAAUAAAAUACUAUUUAUUUGAGUUAUGGAAAUAGAUUCAUUUAAGGUUUAUGUGCAAGUUUUGUCUAAACCUCUUUUUUCUCCAUGAUUUUCCCAAGUGCUUCCUCUGUGGCAUUCACUGUGGUUUGGAUUUGGGUAAAUAAUUGCCUUUAAAGGAUAAAACAAAUGAAUGCUACAAAUGUAUGUUGAAGGGAAUUCAAUGGUACCACUCUUCUACAGUUUGAAAUAUUUUAUAAUUGUAAAGAUAGAAGAUAUAUUGAUAAGUAAAUAUGUAAAAUUGUAAAUAUGUAAAAACAAAAAAAGGAAUGGUGUCUGCUGUGCAUGGCAUUUCAUGUGUUAAUUUGUUUAGUUCAAAAUGAAGUAUAUUGACUGUUCA